AUGGACGCGGAGAAGGCCCCAUUCGCCCAGCUUACCCCACAGCUUUUUCCCACGUUUACCCCACAGCAUUUCCAACCGCGCCAAUGUCGUCAUUCGCCGUUUGCCGCGAGCCUCAUCGACCUUCCUUUCAUCUUCUCACGACAAAGUAAACAACGGCUUUUCUAAUCUUACCUCGAACCUCAAUCGCAUUCUCAGCCUCCACCGCCAAAAUGAUGGACACAAUAGACUCCAUCUCCUCCACCUCCACCUCCACCAGCACCUCCGGCACCGCCGACCCAACCCCCGAACUCCAAUCCCGCAUCAUAGACGACAAAUCCCCGCUCUGCAUCCCCUUCAUCUUCUCCAAGAUCGCCGAGUACAACGCCUUGCACGCAAACGAAGCGAACCCGCGUCCUUUUAUCAUCGGACUGAACGGUGUCCAGGGAGUAGGGAAAACGACGCUGGUUAAAGCGCUUGCGGAGACACUGCAGGAGAGGGAAGGAUUGAAUACGCUGGUUGUGUCUAUUGACGAUUUUUAUUUGACGCAUGAGGAUCAACUGAGGUUGGCGGAGGAGAAUUCGGAUAAUGCGUUGGUGCAGUAUCGGGGGGAGCCUGGAACACACGACAUCCCCCUCCUCCUCUCCUUCCUACACUCCCUCACUCACCACCUCCCAACCCACCUGCCCCAUUACGACAAAUCCGCCCACCACGGCCUCGGCGACCGCCUCCCACCAUCCACCUUCCCCCCCAUCAACGACCCCACCCUCUCCCAACCUCAACACACCAACAUCCGCGUCCUUUUACUCGAGGGCUGGCUAACCGGUUUCCGCUCCCUCCCCCCCUCCGUCAUCUCCUCCAAGUACCUCGACUUAAAAUCCUACAAGACGUUGUCGCACCACAAACUCGAGCAUCUACUAUUUAUCAACUCCCAGCUACAAAAAUACGAACAGGUGUGGGACCAGUUUGAUGCUUUCAUCCAUAUCGACGCGCAAGAGUUGGGGUGGGUGUAUGAGUGGCGGCUGGAGCAGGAGGAGCAGUUGAGACGCGAAAAGGGGACGGGGAUGAGUGGGGAGAUGGUGAGGAGGUUUGUUGAUGGGCAGGGGGUUUUUAGGGGGGAUGAAACCAAAAAAGGGAGGCAGUUGAGGAUUGUGGUGGGGAGGAAUCGAGGGGUUGUGGAGCAUAUGGUUAUUUGA